AUCGACGGACAAAGAUUACUUGCUAACUAUAUGAGAAUCUAGUGGGUGUGAAUCGCAAGUGAACAACUGCAAGCGCAGAUUACCGGACUGUGAAGGAAGAAGCCACAUACCGAUCACAGGAGCCAGGUAGAAUCAUUCAUCGACAAUUCGUGGAGCAACCUGACCAACCAAACGAAAAUAUAUCGAUUAUACAGGUCAGGUAUUUCUUGCCCACGCGCGGCAAGCCGGGGGAGUUUAACCUAACCAGUGAUCUAAUUGCUAAUUCAUCUGAAUAGUUCGCUCGCAAGCAAAAAGUCGAUAGAUUUCUGUAUGCACUAGUUACUGAAAGGAAUCAGUCCCAAUCUGGACAAUAUGGCUCGCCGGUAUCAAUCAAUGAAUACCCCAUACAGAUAGCUGUUUACUGUAACUGAAACAGAACAAGCAAAUAUUCAUAGAUAGUGAAACACAAUACUUUCCUUGACGAUGAUUACAAAUAUAGGUUGAAUGCGUAUUGAUAUCGACUUUCAUUUGUUGUAUGGUAUUAAUGAUGAAGGUAUAAAAAUGUGGGAUACAUCGUUGAGCGAUAUCAUCCAAUGCUUCAACAUAAUCCACAAAGAUGAACAUUCCGAGAAAAUGGCGAAAUACCUACGGAGCGCUGAUAUAAGUGAAGAUUCUCAAAUCAGCACGCUGCUUCUCUUGUUGAACAGUAUUCUUCGACCAACCAAGGUGAAGAAGGAUUUCAAACCGACGAUCCUAUUUGCACAGGAAGAUACAAUUAUUUUCGUAGAAUCGGAUAGUGACAGUCGGUCAAAAGUGGAUGCCGUAUAUUCUGUGUACGAGACGUGGAGUGCCCCCUCUAUUGUGAAGUUGGUGUUUUUAGCACCAAACACCUUGACGUUAUCAGGAAGAUAUUAUGUGGUUUACAAGCAUCUCAUAUAUCAAGUCGAUUCUGUGGCUCGAGCGAUAGAUGUACUCGUAAAAAUGACACAUUUGGGCUGGAGUUUUCACGAGUAAACCGAUUAUUAUGGAAUUUUA